AUGGCCCUCUCAGAUUUCUAUGCUUCUCAUGCUAACUACAAAACUAGGCUGGUCUUGAAUGCUAGGGACUCCAACAGAAGUGUUGUAGAUGCAGCUGCCGCAGUUAUUGUUCUUUUGUUUUUCAUUGAGCGCAGCUGUAGAUCUAAUAGAGAAGUGAAAGUGAAAGCAAUCCUAGGACCAGGGACUUCAAUGCAAGCAGGCUUUCUUAUUAACCUCGGAGACCAAGUUCAUGUGCCCAUUAUAUCAUUUUCCGCAACAAGCCCUUCUCUUAAUGCAGUCCAUAGCUCCUACUUUUUUCAAUUUGCACAAAAUGACUCAUCCCAAGUGAAAGCCUUAAGUUCUAUUGUAAAAGCUUUUGGAUGGACACAAGUUGUGCCUGUCUACGUUGACAAUGAGUUUGGGGAGGGUGUCAUACCCUUUCUAACUGAUGCCCUGGAAGAGGUUGAUGCCCGUGUCCCCUAUCGGAGUGCGAUUUCCCUGUCAGCCACUGACGGGCAAAUUAUUGAAGAGCUUUACAAGUUAAUGGAAAUGCAAACUAGAGUCUUCAUUGUCCACAUGAGGACGGAUCUAUCCUCUAGGUUAUUUGCAAAGGCUAGAGAGAUUGGAAUGAUGACCGAAGGCUAUGUUUGGCUCACUACUAAUGGGAUACCUAAUGAAUUAAGGUCUCUAAAUUCUUCAGUCAUCAGUUCCAUGCAAGGUGUAUUGGGCAUACAAACUUAUGUUCCACAAACAACAAAGCUUGAAGAAUUCAUGUCACGGUGGAAACGACAAUUCCAACAAGACAAUCCAACCAUAAUCGAUGCUCAAUUGCAUGUUUUUGGACUUUGGGCUUAUGAUUCUGCUUUUGCACUGGCUAUGGCAGUUGAAGAAGUUGGGACUGCAAGCUUUGAGGUGUCUCAAUACAGUCGAAAACUUUCCCAUGCCUUAUCUAGUAUGAGAUUUAAAGGUAUUGCUGGAGAUUUCAGCCUUGUUGAUGGGCAACUUCAGUCAUCAACUUUUCAGAUAGUUAAUGUCAAUGGUGGUGGAACAAAACUGGUUGGAUUUUGGACACCAGAAAAUGGACUGAUGAACAAAUUGAAUUCAACAAACACAAGCUUUUCUUCAACUUCCAACAAGGGCAAUCUUGCACCUAUUAUGUGGCCAGGAGAUUCUCUCACUGCUCCAAAGGGAUGGCAGAUCCCAGCAAACGGCAAGAAGUUGAGAAUAGGAGUUCCUGUCAAGGUUGGUUUUACAGAGUUUGUUAAGAUCACGAAGGAUCCAAGCACCAACGCAAUUGAUGUCACUGGCUUCACUAUAGAUGUCUUUAAGGCUGCAGUGGAAGUUUUGCCAUACCCUCUUCCUUAUGAGUUCAUUCCCUUUGCAAAGCCUGAUGGUACAAGCGCUGGCACUUAUAGUGAUUUGUGCUAUCAAGUAUAUCUUGGGAAAUAUGAUGCUGUGGUGGGAGAUACAACAAUUAGAGCAGAUAGGUCCUUGUAUGUAGACUUCACAAUGCCAUACACGGAAUGCGGUGUAGCAAUGGCUGUGCCAGUCAUAGACGUCAGGAGCAAAAAUGCUUGGGUUUUCUUGAAGCCUUGA